CUGAGGCCGUUUAGCCUAAGAAAAAAGCAUAUAUAUAUAUAUGUAUUAUAUACAUAUAUUUGUCGACAAACUGGUGAUUACCUUGAAGAAAGCAUGAAAAUUAUUGUAUCUUCUACUGUCAUAUCUGCAGCAAUUUUCUCCAUCUUUGGAGGCUACGUGAACAACAGAUUUGGUCGUAAAAUCACCAUCUUGCUAUCCAGCGUAUUGUUCACCAUUGGGGCAGUCGUCAUGGCCGCUUCUGACAGUAAGGAGAUACUCCUCGUUGGACGAAUAGUCGUUGGAGCCGGCGUAGGCACCUCAUCAUGCGCCAUUCCGGCUUACAUAGCCGAAAUCACCCCGUGCGCCAUCAGAGGCAGAAUGCUAGUCACCUUCCAGCUGAUGAUCACGUUUGGAUUUUGGGUUGCUGGUUUAUUAAAUGCUGCGUUCAGUUAUAUUAAAGAUGACAACGUUAAUUGGCGGUUGAUGCUCGGCGUUGCUGGCAUCCCAGCCGUUAUUCAGCUCGUUGGAUUCAUUCAACUACCUGAGAGUCCGCGGUGGCUUGCGCUCAACGGUCAAAAGGACAAAGCUGAGAAGAUCUUGACAAAAAUAUACGGAAAUGAUGAUGAGGCAAAAAUCGCUGCCGUAAUGGACGUGAAACGAAUGAUUGAGGAAAACGAAUUGACUCAUGCUGUUUCAGGCGGUUCCAACAUCGUCAUGUCCAUGCUGAAACAGUCGACUACCAGGAAAGCGCUGCUCAUUGGUUGCAUGUUACAAACCUUCCAGCAACUCUGCGGCAUUAACACUGUGAUGUACUACAGUGCUUCUAUCAUCCAGUCUGGUGGAAUACGAAGUCGAACCAUGAGCAUAUGGAUGACAUCCGUUACGUCAGGAGUGAAUUUUUUCUGCACUUUCAUCGGAAUCUAUUUGAUAGAACGAAUUGGAAGACGAUCCUUGCUGCUGUAUAGUACCGCAGGUGUGCUAUUGAGUUGUUUCAUACUUGGCACCGGAUUCCAUCUCAUAUCUGAGCAUUCGCCUCCAUCAGCUACUAAUGCUUCAACUUUUCAUCCUUACAGUUUUGGCGAAUCCAGCGAGUGUUAUGGUCUAGGUUGUGAUGCCUGCAGCUACAUGGUUGAAUGCGGGUUCUGCAUUGCGAACGAAGCUACGUCAGGCCUCUGCAUGCCAGUGUACAACAACGAAACAACCGGAACUUUGCUGUCCUAUGCAUCAUCCGGAAGUUGCGCUCCAAACGUUUCCCUGCCAGAGAUCGACAAUCAGUACCAACCCGUGGACCCUACAGCCUCGUUCGACUACGGAUUUUGCAUCACUGAAUAUUCGUGGCUUCCGAUCAUGGGAAUGGUUUUGUAUUUAUGCAGUUUUUCAGUUGGUAUGCCUUGGACCGAUCCCGUGGACGUCCAUUUAAUCAUUUACAUAUUUAGGGAAAUUUAUCCAAAUUGGGCGAGGAGCGUAGGAAACUCUGCGUCAACCUGUGUCAAUUGGCUGUGCAACAUCAUAGUCUCUUUUACUUUUCUGACGAUGAGUCGUGCCAUAACACGCCAAGGGGCGUUUUUCCUCUACGGCUGCAUUUGCUGCAUUGGAAUCAUUUCUUUUUACUUACUGGUCCCAGAAACUAAGGGACUGCGUAUGGAAGACAUUCAAAGUGUUCUACGGUCAUCCUGGAUAGUUCCAAAGAUAAAGUAA